CUGAUGUCAUCAGGGCAGUCCUAUAGUGACGAUCGGGCGAGCGAACGGGGAAGGGCUGGCACAGUGGCAUGUGCAGAGGUGGACGUGAACAUGGAGAGAUCCAGCUUGAAAACACUUUUAGAUGAGCAUAUAUUUUAACCGUAUAUAUUUUCCUGUUGAGUCCCAGUUUACGAAGCCUUAGAGUGCCGAAUGAAAGUACACAUCCUUUAUCGAAGUGCUCUAUAUUUAUAGUAAAUUUCGAUAUUAAAUGCUGAAGCGAAAGGUAAUGGUAUUCUAAUGAAGAAUACAAUUUGUCAAAGGCGGUAACCGCGGGGUUAGAGUACACCCAUAGAUGACACGCUCUUCUGGUGUGGCACCUCGCACUUCCCGUAGUGACUUAUGUCUUAGGUGUGCUUUUUCCUCAAUUUGAUAGGAUUCAGUAAGCAAUGGAAGGAAGGGAGGAAGCUGAAGUCCAGAUAUCUGAGAUAGAUUUGCUGGGUAGUAUGUUCCCCAGUGAGGAGGAGUUGGUAAUAGUUGACCAGCUGGCACUGGCUGAGCUGAGGGACUAUGCAGAAGGCAGGAGCAGCUCGCGGCCUUCAUCGGCACCGCAGAUCGUGAUCCGUCAGAAGGUGGAACCUGACAGCGAGACUCAGGUGAUUGUUACAAUUUCUUGUACGUACGUGUCAGGGUACCCCAAUGUCUUGCCAGAAAUUACUCUCAGAUGUCCAGAGCUGAAUAGAGCCCAGCUGAGCCAGCUUCACAGAGACCUGAUAUGUCACCUGGCAGAGAACUGCAGGCAGGAGGUGUGCGUCCUGGCCGCUGCGGAGUGGAUCCGUGAUCACGCUCACCUCUACAUUGCCCAGAGCGCCCCCUCCAGCACGCCUCAGAAAGAGCCUCCGCUUUCCAGCACGGCGUGGGAAGUAUUCACCAGGCUGUGGAUUUACAGCCACCACAUCUACAAUAAGAGCAAGAGGAAGAACAUGUUGGACUGGGCGAGAGAGCUGGGCUUGUCCGGAUUCAGCAUGCCCGGGAAACCCGGGGUUGUAUGUGUCGAGGGACGGCAGCCAGAUUGCGAGGAAUUCUGGGCCAGGGUUAAAUGUUUAACCUGGAAGAGAAUAAUGAUCAGGCACAGAGAGGACAUACCCCUGAAGGGUCGGGGUGACGAUCAACGGGAGGCCCUCAGCUCACUUUGCAAGUUUGCUGGCUUUGAGGAAGCUAUAUUUGACCCCCAUGGGAGCAGAGGGAAUCACAUGGACCUUGGACAGCUCUACCAGUUCCUCAGCGAUAAGGGCUGUGGGGAUGUGUUUCAGAUGUAUUUUGGGAUUGAGGGGAGGUAGCAGUUGGAUCAGUGUUGGUCUAGUCAGGCAUGGUACCCUUGGUUCUAAGUGAGCAUAUUGAAUGUAACUUUAUUGCAUGUUAUUGGGAACUCAAAUUGAAUGCAUGAAUCGGACAAAGACCUUCAGGUGGGCAACCUCAUAAAUUUAUUAUGGUGUCCAGGGUUUGCAUCCACAUUUUGAUCUGUGGUGCUUCAGAAUGGCUCCACUACCUCAUAACCCUGCGGGCGGAAAAUAUAUACCGUCGCCUCUCCAGAUUCGUAGAUUUGACACUUGUGGGUUCAGUCCUUCGGGAGUUGGCCGUAAACAAUUAAAUGGGAAUAAUGUUGGGGCUUGCUGAAAGAUCGCAGAAACUUGCAGAUGAUGCGCAAACCAAAAAUAUAUAAGUAAUACUGAAAAUGAUUUGGACUGCAUGUAUUCACAAAUUUUUACAUUGGUGGGGCUGUUCCGCCCCUAAUUCUUGCGAAUGUGAAGGGGGGCCUAUCUACACCCACAAGGGCUUUCAGCAUAUAUUAAAAUAAUCGGAUUUGCUGAAAUUACAAAUUAUACAUACACAUAUUCUUGCCUGUCAGUAUUUUUACUGCACACUCAUAGUUUCUCUCAGUAAAUCUUCCAAGUCAAAAUCAGAAAAUCUUUUAAAGAAAAUGUAAAAAAAAAUAAAAAAUAAUCGAGACACUCAGUUCCCAUAGCUGAAAAGUUAAAAUAUACUAGUUGUUUGUUGUUAUCCUUCUGUAUACACGCAUAAAACAGAGAUAAAAUUAAUAUAACUGGAAAAUUAAAAAUAUUACGCAUUGUCAGACACCAAUUGCCUGACUGUCAUCAAGUCUUUGCCCUUGCCAUUGAUUUAUUUAAAAUAUUUAAUCAUAGCUAUGGGUUUUAACAAUGUGAAUGAGCUUUUCACAUGCCCAAUGGACAAGAAAAUUAGAGAAAUAGCACCGGAGAGCAGACAAUUAUACUCUUUUCCAGUCGCUCAAGGCAUCGCUGGCGGCGGCUCUGCUACUCAGGCUGUUCAGUGCCUCUGUGUGGCGAGUUCUUCAUUCUGUGUUAAGCUGUGGAGUUACAUGUCUUUAACAAUAAAUGCUGAGGCUAUACAUAUAGAUAUUUAUAUUUAUAAAUAUAUUCAUGAAUGCUGUGGCCAGUCUCGGAAAGGUUUUAGUGAAGGAGUGCGUGAAAAUAGGAAUCGCUUUCCACAGGCAUUCAAAUGAGAUUCUUUGUUGGCCUUUGCAGGGACUUUCUGUACCGGCUGGUCCUCCUGGAUGCUGCGAAACGCAUCUGGCUUUGCAGCUUCAGGGGCAGCCCAUCGCUCUAGGGCAGGGCUGGGGAACCUGAUCCAUGGAGGGCCAGUGCGGGUUUUCGGGAUGACCUCUCAAUCAGCCAAUAAUAAAGCAGUAUUUCUCAGCUCCAGUCCUGAGGUCCCACUGUUAUUGGCUGAUUGAGAGGCCGUCUCAAAAACCCGCACUCACACCGGCCCUCCAGGGAUCAGGUUCCUCAUCCCUGCCCUAGAGCAACAAUGAUGCGGAGAAGUAUGUAAGAAAUCCGAUUCACUAUUUCAUCCAAGUGUAGCAGGGUACUGUUAAUAUUUAAUAAAACCCCACGAUCCAGAGCAGAUUUGCUGGGUCACCCAGAGUUUGCGAAAUACUUCUUACCUCUGCUUUCUGUUAUACACGUGUUUAAAUAUGUAUUAGCUUGAUGUUCUGCUUGAAAUUCUGGGCACUGAAAUAAAAAUUUGUUUUUUGUGGGUUUAUCUGAA